AUGCCAACAUCGACAAACAUGAUCGCAUCCAAAGCAUCAAUGCACGCACAGACGGAUUCUACUAAGCAUGAACAUGUUCCGAGUGAUACGGCAGCAAGUGCAAAGCUUCUGACCAAGAAGAAGAAGAAGAAGAAGACGAAGCGUUUGGAAUCAGCCCUUGGAAACGUAGAGUUUGCGGUGCCAACUGAAUUGCCUGUCAAGCUCGAGGUCCCGUCCAAACUUCAGGAGGGUGCGGGGCGAAAGGUUAGGCUUAGGAGAGAAGCAAGUCGACCAAACUUCAUUCCAAACACGUCUACGCCUGCACACCUGGUCGGGUCAAGAGUUGCCAAUCUCUUCGCUGAUCUGGUUCCCGGGCUGGAGAAGCCUGCAUCAACACUUCAGAAGUCAUUGCUAGCACAGCAAGCAGUUGUAGAAGCGCCUGCCUUAGUGGUGCCCAAAGCAUCGCCGCGGCCCCCCUGCAAACAACCUCCUACGGUUGUCGUGACCCCUAGCAGAGAGGAGCCGGCCCAAAAACACCUGAAGAAGAGAAAAGGCCUGAAACGCAAGUCUUUGGCUGCUGUUCCAGCGGGAGGCAGCGACAUGCCUGAGGCGCAAGGCUUCGGCUUUUUGGAGGUGCCCGAGAAGAAGCCCAGAGUGGCCAAGGAAAAGGUGAUAGCAGCCAGCGUGGAGGACCAGAAAGCUCGGCAGAGGAAUGAAGAAACAAAGAUCGUGAAGGUGGGUUCCGUUGCCUAUUGCGCGGCGCACGGAGUCGUGGUGAGAGGCGCACGAGUAGCAGCUUUUGAGACUUUCACGGACGUGGCCGGUGACUUCGGGGAGCCUCUCCUUGCCGCACUGCGUCUGCAAGGCUACGCCGCACCCACUCCCAUUCAGGCACUUGCCUGGCCGAUCGCAUUGCGAGGUAAGGACAUCGUUGCAGUUGCGAAGACGGGCAGUGGCAAGACUUGUGGAUUCUUGCUACCAGCGCUUUCAUGCCUUCGCAAAUUUGGGCCAAUGAGGUUGCCGAAGGGGGGGGGGCCUGCCUGCCCUAAAGUGCUUGUCAUGGCUCCAACGAGAGAGCUAGCACAGCAGAUCGCUGGCGAAGCCCAGAAAUUUGCUCAUGUUGCAGACUCGCGGACUGUCGCCAUUUAUGGCGGCGUGCCAAAGGGCGACCAAGUCCGGGAUCUUCAGCAAGGAGCUGACAUUGUUAUCGCUACUCCCGGCCGCCUCUUGGAUUUUUCUGUGGGGAGGCCUGAGAAGCUUCAGGCUCCAACGAUCACCAUGAAGCAGGUGUCGUAUCUAGUUCUGGACGAGGCAGAUCGCAUGCUGGACAUGGGCUUCGAACCUGACAUCCGCAAGAUCAUAGCUGAGUGCCCACCGUCUAAACCUAUUGGAGACACUGAUGCUGGCCUCGAUUUGUCGGGCUCCGUGCGGCAAACUUUGUUCUUCACUGCGACAUGGCCCAAGACAGUCGAGCGCACGGCAUCAUCAUUGACAGCUCCAGGGGCUGUGCAGCUGCGCAUCGGCCAGGCGGGUUCAAACGGUGACAAGUUGACAGCUAACACCAGUGUAAUCCAGAAAGUCAUGGUCAUGGACGAGAAGCAAAAGCUAGCACAUCUGAGCAAGAUUCUCAAGGAUGAGCUUGGCCCAGGUGAAACUUGUUUCAUCUUCGCCAAGACUAGACACACCUGCGACUACUUAGAGGGUAAGCUCUGGGACGAAAAAGAAGACCUCAUGAUUGGCACCUGGUGCCGCGCAAUCCAUAGCCACAAGGAGCAGUGGGUUCGAGACGAAUCUUUGGCAACGUUCCGCAAUAUAACAAUCGGUAAAGACAAUGGAAGGAGGGGCAUCUUGGUGGCUACAGAUGUGGCUGCGCGAGGUCUGGACAUUCCAGGAGUUGCCUUGGUGAUCUGUUACGAUUUCGGCGGAGGAAACCUUGGAGAGAACGCUGGAGUGGAGUCUUACGUGCACCGGAUUGGUCGCACCGGACGUGCUGGCAAGAUCGGCAAGGCUUUCACUUUUUUCACAGAGCACGACGCGGGUGCUUUCAAGCUUUGCCAGCUUUUGGACGAGGCGAAGCAACGCGUGCCAUAUGAGCUGAGACACCUCGCCGAGAAGAACGGCAAAGGCGGCAAGGGCUCGAAUGGUCGCAAAGGCGGCAAAGGCGGUAAGGGUGGUAAGGGUGGAAAAGGUGGCAAACGUGGCGCAGGUGGCAAGAGCAAAGGAAUCCGAGGUGGCAAAUCCUGA